AUGUACGUCAUUACUAAUAUAAUUGUUGCAACUGGAUCCAAUCCCUCCAAUCUCAAGAUAACAACAAGAUCCAAUCUUACACAAUGGGAUGAGGAAAAAGGUUGGAGAUCUACCGAUGCAACUAGAAAAUAUGAAGAAAUGAUGAAGCUGAGAAAUGAGCAUACCAUGGACACAAUGAGUGACAAGUCGAUUCUAGAGAAGGUACUUCGACGAAGCUCCAUUUAUUUGUCAGGGUGGGGAUGUGAUCCUGUUGUUAAUGAAAAAAGAUGUGCAAUUAUGGAACAAAAGAUGAUUGAGAAAUAUAUCAUGCCUCCUCCUUCAAGUACAUCAUCGGGACAAUCUGAAGACGAUACAUCCGACUGUGAUACCUCAACCCAAACCGGUUCUGGACAGUAUCAUGGUGAGAAUAUUGAUGAGUUUGAUCAUAUAGAAUGA